AUGCCCCUUGCGGAGAAACUCCAAGCAGCUCUCGAUAAUGCUGUAGCGGACGGUGUGGCCCCUGGUUUUCAGCUCGUGGUCUUCGAUAGCGAUUCUAUCCUUUUUGAUGGCGUAUCGGGGCUAGCCGUCGCCCCCUCCGAAAAGACCCCGGGCGGCGAAAGAUACAAGCCAGAGCAUGUCGGCUGGUUAGCCAGCUGCGCGAAACUGACUGUGUCUAUCAUCGUCCUGCACAUCUUGGAGCGCGGUCUCACAAAGCAUGGAUUCAGUCUACGUCACCUAGACGAUCCCGAAGCGCUGGCUCAAGUACUGCCGGAAUUCCGGCCGUCUUCUGGCCACCUUGUCACCAAGAUAAUUGAAGGUUUCGACGGUAUUGGUCCUGACAAGAAGAAGGUCAUGAAACUACGAGACCAGAAAGGCCGAAUUACCCUGCGAAUGCUGCUCACGCACACGGCCGGUGCAGCGUAUUGGUGGAGCCAUCCCCUGAUCGCUGAGCUUUAUCAUCCGAGCGAUGGCAGUGUUCCCCAUAAAGGCUUCUCGUAUCUGACUGGCAAUGUAUCGGACUUCGACAUACCGGCUGUCACCGAGCCCGGACAUACGUUCAUGUAUGGACAUUCUACCGAUUGGCUCGGACAGUUCGCGGUGCGCUCCACCGGCAGGAACCUGCGACAGCUGUUCCAUGAUAUUUUAUUCCAUCCCCUUUCCGUUAAGUCCUCGGAACUUGAUCUUCACGUUUCACCGGCCAUCGCGCCACAUCUCAGGCCUAUCCACGUCCGGAACGGCAAGACAGAUGUCCGUAACCCUGCGGCGCGUUUUGAUUUGGCAAAUGCCAUGAUAUAUCAUACCGAUGGUCAUCCCCCGGCAGGAAAGGCGCAUUUUGCUGGCGGAUGCUUGUUUGGCAAUGCACGAGGAUACGCUAAAAUCCUCCAGGCCGUGCUUCGGAAGGAUUCCAAGCUUCUCAGCAGGGGGACGUGGGACAUGGCCUUCGCUGAUGACUUCGCUAAGCGAGGAAUCAAAAUGCCAAGGCCGUUGUACAAGACGUCCUCGCCAUUCUUCUCUUCCGACGUGCCAGAGUUUGCGAAAACAACGGCAAGGAGAGAUGGGGAAGGCAUGAAUCUCCUGACUUGCGUCGUCGCAAAGGCGCCGACGAAAUCAGGGCGACCGGCUGGGUCUUUCGGCUGGGCGGGGCUGACGAAUAGUUUCUACUUCAUAGAUCCGGUGAACGGGGUUGGCUCGAUUGUAAACAUGCAGCUGUUCCCCUUCUUCGACCCGCAGUGCGUGGAGACGCGGGACCGGCUGGAGAAGAUAAUUUACGACAAUUUGGGUCAUCUGGGUAAACGCAGGUGA